AUGUCGCAGUCACAGCUAGAUCCUCUGCCAAACGAUCUUCCCUUCCGGAUCAUCUCCAAGACGAUUGGAAGGGGGGCCUAUGCAUCUAUCAAGAAGGCCAUCCCUCUGGACGCCCCGUCGCCCGUCUUCGCCGUCAAGCUGAUUCAUAAAGGCUAUGCCAUCCGACAUGGCGGCAUCUCGGCCAAGCAGCUGGCCAUGGAAGUGUCUCUCCACUCGCAUGUUGGCCAGCAUCCAAACAUUAUCGAGUGGUUCGCGACCGGCGAGGAUGCGGUCUGGCGCUGGAUUGCCAUGGAGUUCGCCGAGGGUGGCGACCUGUUUGACAAGAUUGAGGCUGACGUGGGCGUGCCCGAGGACAUUGCCCAUCUCUACUUCAUCCAGCUGAUCAGCGGCGUUAGCUACAUGCACUCCAAAGGCGUGGCCCACCGCGACCUCAAGCCCGAGAAUAUCCUGCUAUCAGAGAGCGGGAACCUCAAGAUUGCCGACUUCGGCAUGGCUACGAUGUUCGAAUACAAGGGCGUGAGGAAGCAAAGCACUAGCAUGUGUGGCAGCCCGCCAUAUAUUGCUCCCGAAGUCCUUCAGUGUGCGAGACAAGCAAGGCAGGACAGAAAAUCGGCUGGGAAAUACUCAGCCGAUCUAGUCGACAUCUGGUCGUGCGGCGUCAUCCUCUUCGUCCUCUUAGUCGGAAACACCCCCUGGGACGAACCAACCUCCUCGAGCUGGGAAUUCCAAGAAUACGUUCGAACCAACGGCCGCAGUACCGACUCCCUCUGGUCGCGCAUCCCCCCCGACGCGCUCUCCCUUCUCCGCGGCAUGAUGAACAUCGAAGCUAGCAAGCGUUUCUCCUUUGCUCAAAUCCGCCAGCACCCCUGGUACACCCGCCGCAACCCUCUCCUCACCGCCGACGGCCGUGUCUCAGACCCCAUCACCCUCGCCACCAAGAUGCUCGCCAACCUGCGCAUCGACCUUAAGGCUGACCCUACCCUCUCCCAGCGCCACUCCCAACCCGAACCCAUGGACCUUGACUCGCACCAGAACCUCCCAGACUGGUCUCGUCUUCCGGCUACACAGCCCGAGACCCCCCUCAAUGACCCCCUCUUUGAUUGGGAACGCCCCGCCCCCCGCGUCGUCGGCAGCACUUACACCAUCUCCUCCACCCAGCCCAGCACAAGCAGCGCCUCGUCCAGCGGACUAUCAUCCCAGAUCCCUCGCAACGGUCGGCACCAUGCUGCGCUCAAUGCUCUCUCCGACGAGCCGUCCAUGUCCCAGUUCUCGCAAACUCCUGGCGUGCCCCUGUCCCUGACCCAGCACGCCCGAAAAUUCCGCGACAUUGUCCCCGCGUACUCGCUCACGCGGUUCUAUUCGCAUGUCCCGGAGUCCUUACUCGUUCAAAUGCUCCGCGACGCGUUACACCAACUUAACGUCCCCCUUCCUCCCGCCAAAUCCGGCAACGGAGUUGCCGCCGGCGUGGCAAGUGACAUGGUCGCACUCAUUAAAGUGCGCACGGUUGAUGGACGUCGGCAAACGAUGCACGGCGAGGUGUUGGUCGAGAAGAUUAGAAUCAGUGCAAGUACCUCGGGACAUGGUGGCGAUGGGGACGAGGAGGAUGUAAUUGAGUUGUUGGAGGUGCGGUUCGUGAAGAUUAAGGGGGAUCCGUUGGAGUGGAGGCGGUUUUUCAAGAAGGUGGCGUUGUUGUGUAGGGACGCAAUUUAUAGUCCGGAAAGUGAGGGCGGGGCGUAG